AGCGCUACGCUAUGCAUAGAGGCGGCGCCUGUGUUCAGUGAACAGAACUCAUUGACGCUAUUUUGAUUUCGUUUAUCAUAAGACGCGCAUCGAUGAAGCUAAAAUCUAAUAACAAUACUAUUUACAAAUUGUCACGACACAGUAAUAUUAUCUUUUGAGAAUUAGCAUUAUUAGAGUUUAAAUUAUACAUGUUACUUUUGCCGUGACAUAAAAUUGCUGUGCGAUUAAAGUUAUCAAAGACCUUGUCUUUGGAAGGAGAGGUUAGAAUAAUCAGACAUGGCUAAUGAAUUUGCGGAUCUAAAACGGCCUGAGGCAGGUGAAGAAGACGAGGAGGAAUUAUUGCGGCAACAGGAAGAAUUUUUAAAGUUGAAGCAAAAACCAUCCGCGAAAAUAUAUCCAAGAGAUUCUGCCAAUGUACAGAGGAAAGCUCCAACUCUAGACAAACCGAGAUCCCAAUUUUCAAUGACUCGCACAAAACGGGAUAAAACAGGAAUUGUAGCUUCGCAAAGCAGUGGACAGGUGAUAAAUCCUAUUGUCAAGGAAAGGAUUGAAGAGACAUCACGAAAGAAGGUAGUGGAUUAUACAAAAUUAAGCAACUUACCAGAAGCGAUACCGAAGGCAGUACUUGGAGAUAUCGUAGAGAAGAAAUACUCUGUUGAAGAAAUGAAAAAUUGGAAUUCUAAUGUACGUUAUUAUGAGACUGGCUUUCCUCCAAUUAUCUCAAUUGACGAUGAAGCAAUACUUACGCAAAAGAGAUCCAAUGACAUGCCAAGUAUACAAUAUGAACAUAUGUUAAGAUUGCAAUCUAGUAAGAAUAGUCCAAUGGAAAUCCAGGGGAAUAGUUCUUCCUCUUGCACCAGAGAAGAAGAAGCAAACGUAAUAGAAAACCAAAUGGCCACUGAUAUUCACAAGGAAAACCUGGAAAAGUUGGCUAAAAUGAGUGAAAGGGAAAUACUGGAAGAAAAGAGAAUACUGGAGGAAACUCUUGAUCCGAAAUUAAUAGAAUUUUUAAAAAAUAAGAAAAAGAAGCUCAGAAAGAGAUCAGCUGAGCGGAGCAAUGAUGUUUCAAUUGUGAGUGAAGUAACAAUGGAUGCAGAAGUAUCUGAUAAUAAAGAGAUAAACCUUGAGACUGAUGCAGCAAGCAUUUUAACUGCAGAAGAGGCAACAGCAGACAUGCAUGUAUCCAGUAACAAAAAAAUUAAACUUUCUCUGAACGACCACGAUGAUACAAGUAUAGAUUCGAGAAAUGAUCAGUUGAAUAUACCAAACUCGCCUAAGAAGAUAUUAGACGAAAGCAAGCAGAAGGGAUGGCUCCAUAUGGAUGCCCCUGAGCCAGAGAAACUAAAGUGGAUGGAGGAUUUGCCUGAGGAGAAGAGAAACGAGCCUACACCAAACGCAGACUACAAUGCAAGAUUCGAUUUCAAUGGUCUUUUGCUGCCAUACAAAGAUGAGAGUUUAAUAGACAGGGGUCUUUACCACCAUGGAGAGGAACCGGAACGUCCUGGAUAUUCCCUGCAGGAAUUGCUACAUUUGAGCAGAUCUGCUACUCAACAGCAACGGUGCACGGCGCUUAUCACCAUGGCUAAUAUCAUGGAGAAAACGCGCAAAGGCUGGUACGACGAGGCUUUGAACCCAUCGCCGCUGAUUGCUCUCGGUCAAAUAAAUAUUCUGCUGCUGCUGAGAUUUUCGCUGGACGACUCGUCCGUGGCAGUAGUUACGUCAGCUCUGCAAGCACUCAGAGCGUUUUUGGUCAGCGAGGUGGACGAGGUCUGCCUGGACAGAUUGCACGAAUUUGAGGGAUACGCGCAACCGACAUUGAUGCCUCAAUUGGAGGAGAAAGACACGAGCGAUCUGAAGGAUCAUCAGUUGGCGCAGCUGGACGCCGUGGCUACGUUACUGAGAUCGGAUGUUUUGUUAAGAAUUAGAUACAUCUUGAGUGAGAUGCAUCCACCACCUAUUGGAGUUACAUGUGCCUUGGAGAUACUUAUUCGCCUUGCAAGACACUCGCACACGACGUCAUUGAAUAUAUCAUGCACGCCGCUCUUGCUGGACACUAUCGUCCAUAAUUUCAUGCCACUGUCGAUCGAUCAAUUAGCUAUGAAGGAUGCUAUUAAUAACGUUUACGGAAUCCCUGUGAUUACGGCAGUGAGAUUGUGUCGCGUCCUCGUCAUGUACGGUAAGGAGCCCGUCGCGGAGAAAUUAAAUAACUUCAAAGUUAUCCACGCUAUCUUAACGUACAUCAGCAGUGACACAAGUAGGAAAGAUAGUAUAAGUCUCAGCAUCGAGAGUCUGCGACUCUGGCAGUCGCUGCUAUAUUAUGACGUAGGACUAGACAGCAUCGCCGGUGCCCGGUUGACUCUCAUAUCACAACUGCAGCUGUUACUGAGUAAUCACGAUAUUGAAAACGCGUCCGAAUUGGAGUGCGAGUACGCCACAACAUUAAUUGUCGUAGCGAGCAGAGAAAAUACGCUGAGAUCGAACAUAUCCACGUUGUUAGCAAAGUGGAGCACUCAAUUAUCAUCGUUAUCUAACAUAAAGUGGGGUGUAAUGAAACUAAUUGCAACGACUUUGUCCGUCGUUGACGAAAUAUCUGCGUUCAAAACAACAUGGUUAUCGAAUCAGCUCAUUUUCUCGACACUUCGAUCCACUUCAAAUUUAUUGAGCGACAGCAAUUUGGCCACAAAACGGGAACCCUCUUGUCUUCCGAAUUUGGCUGCGCUGAUGGAAAAUGAAGAGUUACAACCGAUUCUCUCCGUAAAUUCGUGCACACCCUUUUUGGCGACGGUGAUGGAGAUGUUUUGCAAGCACUCUCGCACGGCAGAAAUUCGCUCGAUACUCGAACACUCGUCCUUCCACAAAUACAUACAGAAUUUGGAAGCGGCCGAUUGGAGCUUGGAGAGAUCAUGGUACAGCAGGAUGGAGUUACGGCUCCUGACGGUGCUCGUAAAAGCGGCUUCCGUGCUGGGAAAUAGAAUCAACAACCAAACAGCCCACAUCAUAUGGAAAAUCACUAUCAAGCUCAUCUCGGCGUUACCCGCGGACAGCACGGAUCAUGUGAGGGAGCUUUUUCAAAUCGCGCUCUCCAAGGAGAAAAUCAGUCUGGAGAUUAUCACGAGCGACUUGGCUGAAUUAGACCUGGCGUCCGCGGUAGAUCAAGUCAAGACAGGUUUAAGUGCCAACGUAGCGUCGUUGUACGCGAAAUAUAUUGUUCGAAAUGGCGAUUGGAGCCAAGCGGCGAUGCCCAGGGACUGGCUCUUCCUACCGUUGGUCAAGGCGUACGAAAUUAAUAUGCAGAAGAUGGAUAAUAGAGUGCAUGAAGUACAAAACACGAAAUGCGAAAGAAGCAUUAAGUUGAGGGAAGACAAGGACAGUAUUCUCGCGGUACUAAGUUUGGCGCUGAUCUUGCCCGAGCUUAUGGAGCGGCUACCGCCCAGUCUGAGGUUCAGCAGAUUGAUUCUAGUAUAUCUCUGCGAUGCCGUGUACUUAGAUGAGGAUGUAUCCGCAUUAUUGCCGAAGGUGAUAUCGAAUUUGCUACGGAGGCACCACGCGGAACUGAAUUUCAGUGCGGAGGUACCUGGACUGAGCUCGUUCACUGACCUGUUCACGGCGCUGUGCGAGGAGUUCUGCGCGAGUUCCUACGGCAAUGACCACUUCGCUAUGACAUUGCUGGUAUUUUUGGCGCAACGACACGACGUGCACUACCGGAGACUGCUGUGGUCGGAGCAUGCGGGCGCGUUGCGAUAUCUGAGGUUGCCACGGGGAAAGUUGGUCCUACCGCUGAGGGAGUAUCUCUAUCCAGAGGAAGAGAAUACGUCUCUCAUAGAGAGUUACAUCACAGCGCUGGUGCGAGGAACAGUCAAGGAGACAUGGUGUUCGAUACCCUACUUAAUCGCGCUGCAUCACUCUGCAAUGUUCCUCAGGCGCUCAAACAAAGUGGCAGCGAAAAUGAGAGCGCAAGUUGAGAAGCUGCGAGACAAGGAUCUCGCGAACAGAUUGUUGCAUUAUGAACCACCACAGUUGUAAAUGUAAGAUACUGAUGCGACGUGAUAAUUAUGGUUGUAUAUACAUGUACAUCACUUGUUAAGAAUUCUAUCAACAUCUAUUGACGUUAAUAGUACACAAUUGUGCUAUUAAUAAUUAUUAAUAUUAUCGAUACUAUUGUAAUAAUAAAAUUUAAUAUACUAUCU